AUGAAGAAACCAAAUUAUUGGACAGCCUCUUUUGGUCUAUGGCUUGCAUCUCUUGAUUUAAAUCGAGGGAAAAACACGUUGCAUAAUAGAAAAAAACAUUUUGAAGAGUCGAAAUUUUUAUCAUUCGAUCCGAAUUUGAAGAGAAACAAAAAGUUCAAGCCUAAUGACGUAAAGAGGGAAAGUUUUAGAAGUCUGGAAACAGACAGAAGUGUUAGUCUCAAAAAUGAACCCCCUGACGAUGAUGAGGUUGAAGUGGUUUUAAAAAUCGAGAACGUGCUAAGUGAUACGGAAAAAGAUUCAGAUAGAUUGCAGAAAAAUCAGGGAUCCGAUGUGCAAAACGAAAAAUUGGUAUCGAAAUAUAAAGUCGUUUUAGAGGAUUAUGCCAGUCGACUGAUAGGAUAUAGUCCAUAUUUCUCGAUGGAGAUUGAUUAUGUCAAUCUGCAAUCUUUAAAAGAAAUUAGAUACCUCAUUCCUGAGGGGAAAGAAUAA